UUUAACUUAAAGGAAAUGAGGGAAAAUGAGCACACGUUUAUUCGCUCAGAAGAGGAAAUGAUUUUAAAUAGCAUGAAAGGAUAGUAAGUCAGAUAAAGCGUCAAAAAUACCGCGGUUCCCAAACUGUCUACCGAGAAGAUCAUUUGCUGCUACACGUGCAAACAGCUGAUUUAAAAUUGUUGAUAAUGGGUGCGUCAAAAAUAGUCCAUAAUUCGGGCAAAAGCCGAAACUCUAGGGUCCCUAAAAAAUCCUCUAUUAGUAAAGCAGCCAAAGCAUCAAAAAAGCCUUCCGUCGAUGUAAGUAUGAAAAUGAAGAUCCUUCUAAAAGAACAAGUUCAAGGAACUCAGCCAAGAAAAGUCCUGAAAAUGGUCCAAAAACAGCAAAAAAGAGACAUUCCGCUAAGGAUGCAGAAACUAAAACCUCCAAAAGACCCCGCAUGGAAGAAAAUCCUACACAUACAGAGGAAAUUCAAUUUGCUAAAAAUUUAAUUGGUAAGCAAGGAACACCCGCAUUUAAUGAGUUUCUCGAUUUUUUAAUUGAGACAAAAAGUCUGAAAGUUUUAAAAGAAAAAGGGAUAAAGACAGCAAGUAUGUCUAGUAUUUUAGACAAGUCAUAUAACAAUGCCAACAAAGCCUUCAACGAUCUGUAUAACUUGUGGCUUGAUGAACAUGGAAAUAAAACACGAUAUUUAACCACUUUGGAAAAGGAAGGGAUAAAUUUAUCGAAUAUGUCCAGCAUCUUAAGUGGAUCGGGAUUAAAUUCUGCCAAAUCUUUCAAAGAAUUGUUUAAGCUGUGGUUUGACGAGCAAGGAAAUAAAACACAAUAUCUAAAAACAUUAGAGGAAGAAGGUAUUAACUUACCGAACAUGUCUAGUAUUCUAAGCAAAGCAGGACAAAAUGCUGCAAAAGCUUUCAAGGACUUGUAUCACCUAUGGUUCGAUGAGCAAGGAAAUAAAACACAAUAUUUGAAUACUUUGGAAAAAGAAGGAAUCAACCUGCCUAAUAUGUCCAGUAUUUUGAAUGGUGCUGGAUUAAAUGCUGUCAAAGCAUUUAAAGACUUGUAUGACCUAUGGUUUGACCAUCAAGGAAACAAAACGCGUUACUUGAAAACUUUAGAAAAGGAAGGCAUAAAUCUAUCUAAUGUGUCCGGUAUUUUGAGCAGAGCAAAGACAAAUGCUGCAAAAUCAUUUAAAGACUUGUAUAACAUCUGGUUCGAUGAGCAAGGAAAUAAAACAAAAUAUUUAAAAACUCUGGAAAAACAAGGGAUAAAUCUAAGAAAUGUAUCCAGUAUUUUAGGCGGAGCAGGAUCAAAUGCAGCGAAGGCUUUUAAAGCCUUAUAUGAACUGUGGUUUGAUGAACGCGGAAAGAAAACUCAACAAUUAAGAACUCUAGAAGAAAAAGGAAUUCAUUUGCCCAAUGUAUCCAGUAUCUUACAUAGGGCAGGAACAAAUGCGGCAAAGGCUUUCAAGGAUUUAUACGACCUGUGGUUCGAUGGGCAAGGAAAUCAAACCAAAUGUUUGAAAACCUUAGAAAAAGAAGGAAUAAGUCUUGCCAACAUUUCCGAUAUUCUACAUGGAGCUGGGUUUAAUGCUGCCAAAGCUUUUAAAGAGUUGUAUGACCUGUUGUUCGAUAAUCAAGCAAAUAGAACACAGUUUUUGAAGACAUUAGAAAAAGAAGAAAUUAACUUGGCCACUAUAUCGAGUAUUUUGAGUGGAUCAGGCUCCAAUGCUGCAAAAGCCUUUAAGGACUUGUACAACCUGUGGUUUGACUCAGAAGGAAAGAAAGCUAAAUAUUUAAAAAGUUUGGGAGAAGAAGGAAUAAACCUUUCCAAUAUGUCCAGUAUUUUAAGUAAAUCUGGGUCUAAUGCACCUAAAGCUUUUAAAAACUUGUAUGGAAUAUGGUUUGAUGAAAGGGGAACGAAAACUCUACAACUAAAAGCUCUAGAAAAUGAAGGAGUAAACAUUGCUAGUGUUUCAAGUAUUUUACAUGGUGGGGGCUUGAAUGCUCCCAAAGCCUUUAAAGAGUUAUGUGAUCUUUGGUUUGACGAAGAUGGAAAGAAGACACAAUACCUAAAAACCCUCGAAAAAGAAGGGGUAAAUCUUACUAAUAUGUCCAGCAUUUUAAGUGGGGCAGGAGUUCAUGCUCCAAAGUCAUUUAAGGAUUUAUACAAUGCUUUCAUCAAUGAACAAGGAAAGAAAACACCACAUUUAAAGCAUUUUUUAAAAGGAAAGGGUGAGGAGAAUUUCUCCAUGCAUAACCUAUCCGGUAUUCUAAGCGGAUCGGGAGCUAAGGCCGUAGAUGCUUUUGAAGAAUUCCACAAUGCCUGUUUCAAUAGCGAAGGAAGGAGAACAAAAAUAUUGGAUGAUUUCUAUAAUAUAGGGUUUAGGCCAAGUAACCUAUCCUCUAUAUUAUGUAGAGGAGGAAUUCGUGCUUCUUCAAUUUUAAAAAGCUUCUAUAGUGUUUGUUUUAAUGAAGAAGGAGGGAAAUCAACAAUUCUACAGGAUUUCUAUAAUAUAGGUUUUAAGCCAGUAGAUUUAUGCAGCUUAUUAAGUGGUACAGCAGGUGGCAUAGAAAGAUUGCACGAAUUUUGCUUUGUAGAAGAGUCAAAGGUGUAUCUUAAUCAUUUCUUAGAUGAUAUAGAAGGCUUUACGCUGAAUAAUUUGUGUAACAUAUUGCAUGGAGCAGAGGAUAACGCUUGUUCGGCCCUAAAAGAUUUUCAUAAUAUUUGUUAUGAUAAUAACGGUAACAAAACCAUAUUUUUAGAUGAUUUUUAUAAUUCUAAUUUUAGUUCUAGUGAUUUAGCUGGUAUUUUAUCAAUGACUGGUAAUAAUGCUUCUUCUAUUUUAAGAAGUUUUCAUGAAUCUUGUUUUAAUAAUGAACGAUAUUUAAAUCAUUUCAUCGCUAAAGAGAAAAUUUUCAAGCCGAAAGAUUUAUCCAAAAUAUUAUAUGGAGCAGGUACUAAUGUUUGUCCUACUUUUGAAAAAUUGCAUGGUCUUUGUUUUGAUGAAGUAGGAUACAAAACAAAAUAUUUAAAAAGUCUUAUUAAAGACUACCCAUCAACUGAGAUAAUUAAUAUACUAUAUCAAAAACUUAGGUAAUAUACUUUUUUACUCUU